CCGCUUUCCAUUUCGAGAACCCCUCUUUCUCUCUCUCUCUCUCUCUCUCUCUAGAAUUCAAACGCUCGCACCGAAGCCAGAAGAAGGAAGAGAGAGCUCCCGGCAUCCCAUCCAUGGCGACCGCACCGACUCCGACCCAGGACCCGGCGCCGGUGGCUCCGGCGACGUCGUCCCACCUCCAGCACAUGAGCGACGCGGAGCUCCGGAAGGUGUUCGAUCAGUUCGACGCCAACGGCGACGGCAAGAUCUCCGCCGCGGAGCUCUCCCAGGUCCUCGCCGCCAUGGGCUCCCCGGUCCCGCCCUCCGACCUCGGCCGCGCCGUGGCGGAGAUCGACACCGACCGGGACGGCUUCAUCAGCCUCCCGGAGUUCGCCGUCCUCUGCCGGUCCGGCCCCUCCUCCCCGGAGUCCGACCUCCGCGACGCCUUCGACCUGUACGACCAGGACCGGAACGGGCUCAUCUCCGCCGCGGAGCUCCACCAGGUGCUCAACCGCCUCAACAUGCGGUGCUCCGUCGAGGACUGCGUCAGGAUGAUCGGGUCGGUCGACGGCGACGGCGACGGCAACGUCAACUUCGAGGAGUUCAAGAAGAUGAUGGCUUCCAAAGGUCCCGGUAAUAACUGAUGACGGAUGAUCCCGUCCCCGUUCUGCAUCUCUCUCUGACUGGUUUGACAUUUGAUUUUUUAACACUUUUCGAUUACACAGACUACUAGAAAACGAUACCGAUGGGCCAUCAUAUGACUGUUUUCGUUACGAUCUACGCCUCCGGCGACUCGGAUUUCGCUGAUCUGGAACGACUAUUCGAAUUU